AUGACUCUUCCAAAAACAAUCCGAGCCCUCACCCAACAAUCCGCCCAAUCAACAACUCUAACCCUAACAACAACUCCACCCCCAACACCAACCCCAAACAGCGACGAACACCUGAUCAAAAUAAAAGCGUGCUCACCCUGCGCCGGCGAACUCCUCUGGCCAAAGAACUUUCCCCCACCAACCGAGCGCAUGUUAAUCCCCUGCCCGGACAUGGCAGGAAUAGUCGUCUCCGCGCCGGCAGACUCGCCCUUCCAGCCGGGCGCGGAGGUGUACACACGCACUAAUUAUAUCCGGCCGGGUAAUGCGCGGGAUUAUUCCAUUGCUGUUACUGAUGAGUUGGCGACUAUGCCGAAGGGAAUGAGUUUUGUGCAGGCUGUUUCUGUGCCGCUUUCUGCCAUGACUGCCUGGCAGAUUCUUCUUGUUCAUGUUUUUGGGGAUGGGGUGGAUGAGGAGGCAAUGGGGAUUGAGGAGGCUAAGCGUGCCUGGAGGGGGAAGAGGAUUCUUGUUACUGCUGCUUCUGGUGGUGUUGGGAUGUGGGUUGUGCAGUUGGCUAGGAUACUGGGCGCGGAGGUUAUUGGGACUUGUGGGAGUGGGAAUGUUGGGCUUGUUAGGGGGCUUGGGGCUGGGGAGGUGCUUGACUAUCGGAGUGUUGAUUUGAGGGAGUGGGCUGGGAGAGAUGGGAAUUCUGUUGAUGUUGUUGUUGAUUGUGUUGGACGGCAGUCUCUUGCUGACGCUUGGUGGACUGUUAAGGAUGGUGGUGUUGUUCUGAGUAUUUAUCAGCCGCCGACGGGGGUUUGUCCGGCUGGGUUUGAGGGGUCUGGGGUGAAAGAUGUGUUUUUUAUCAUGCAGCCUGUUAGUAGGCAAUUGGAGGAGGUAACGAAGUUGGUUGAGGCUGGGUUGUGUCGGGGUAUGGUUGAUAGUGUUUGGCCACUGGAGCAGUUUGAGGAGGCGUUCAAGAGGCUGGAUGGGGGUCAUGCGAAGGGGAAGAUUGUGUUUGACCUGGAGCUAAACCAAUAG